AUGACUACUGCCCAUAGACCAACCUUUGAUCCGGCGCGCGGCAAAGAGGCCCUCCGCGGCCCGGCCUACCACCAGCGCCUCCAACCCGCCCACACGCAACUCAAGUUUCGGCAGGCCGGUCAGGGUGGCGAUGCCGACGACGAGCCCUCGCGCGAUCUCGCGGCCGAGCUGCUUGCCGCUGAAGCAGCCCACUUUUCCAAGAAGAAGGGCGCGCGCGUCCCCGCCGACGAAGACGACGACCACGACCAGGACAAGGAGAGCGCGUCUGCCGGCGCGGCAAAGAGACCGCUGCCGCUGGCUGGCGACGGAGAAGAGGACCCCGAGGCGAAGCGGCGGCGGAUACUGGAGGAAACGAGGGACAUUGAUGCCGAUGACAGCAGCGACGACGGGGACGGGGACGGGGACAGCGACGACGACAGUGAGGAUGACGAGGACGCAGAGCUGCAGAGGGAACUGGAGCGGGUGAGGCGGGAGAGGGAGGAAAAGAAGAGGCGCGAGGAAGCGGAACGGGCAAAAGAGGAAGAGGAAGCGCGGGAGAGGAGCAUCGCCCUGGGGAAUCCGCUUCUCAACAAGCAGGACUACACGAUGAAGAGGCGGUGGGACGACGACGUCGUGUUCAAGAACCAGGCGCGUGGGACGGAGGAGAGGAACAAGAGGAAGGAAUUCGUCAAUGACAUGCUGCGGUCUGAUUUCCACAGACGCUUCAUGAGCAAAUACGUCCGGUAG